AUGACUUCCAUUCCACUGCUUUGCAAAAUCUGCCCCAAGGAUCCAGAAUUCAGCGACAUCUCCCAUCUACUCACUCACGUCGCUUCCAAAGGCCAUCUUGCACAGGAAUUGAAAGCGAAGGUUCGUAGCCGUCAAGAUGCCUCAAUCCGCGAAAAGCUCGACGCGUACGACCGUUGGUACGAGAAGUAUCAACUCGAAAAGUUGUUAUCCCAACGUCUCAUUCUCAGGGAAUCCAAAGACACCAGUAGCAGAGCCAAACGCUCUGUCAAAUCGCCUCCUUCAGCCUCAGCCCAGACCGUAAGGCCGCGCAAGAGGCGUGCCAAAACCUCUGAAAAACUCCCUGAAGCAAGUCCCGUCAAGUCCGAAGAGCCACCUAUCGACCCUCAGCUUUCUUGGUUCCCACCCUCGAGUCCAUCGCCCUUUCUUAGUCUAUCAGGGCACGGCGGGCUGCCACAGCAUGACCAGGCUUUCGACCACCGGUACCAUAUCCCUCGGAUGUGUGAGGAACAGGAUGUUAACGCAAACCGUCGAGCGGACAUAGCAUCUACACCCUCAAGGAUUCCAAGCGGUCAGAAGUUUCUCCAGGAUCCUGGCCCGGGUACGGAUAGCGAGAACGACUACUUCAAUACAUUCAUUCGCAGCCCAACUAGGACAGCAUACCCCGACCCCUCCGACAUUCUCGGUGAUCCUUUUGGCUUUUCGCCUCCUCAGACGGUUGAGCAGGCAGGGGAAUAUGCCAACUCGACACCUGACCCCAAUUGCCGAAAAAUUGAGAAAGUAGAAUCCAUACAGCCACCACUACUCAAAGGAGUCAAGUGGCCUGGUAUGUCCAUCUUCGACUCUGCCAGCUUAGAGGCACAACGCCUCCGCAAUCAGAAGAAGGACGGCUCUAUACUGGAGCAGAUGGAGCACAACUCGGGUGUGGUUGAGCAGAUGGAGCGAAUUUACUGGCCAGACGGAUCAUUGAAACUGGAACGGCUUAUCACUGGCAAUGUGGAGAGCAGCCCACUCAAGGAACCUACACCUCCGCCAAAGCGACAGCGCACCAAAGCCAAGAAGACUCUGCUUACAGACAUCAGCACCAACGCUCCAAGACCGACUCGCCGAGCACGUAAGGCACCAGGCCAGUUUCCCGCUACACAAGCUUCCGACCUACGCAGUAUUUCCAAAAAGGCACUUGCCACAUUGGAUCCUCCACCGCCCCGGUUCGUUUACCCCAGGACUGCUCACAUGGGCUACGAUGCAGCCAAUGAAGAAGAUUUGGAGCGACGAUUGACGAGUGGAAAUUUUGGCAACAGUCGUCGGCAGGCAUUCGACGUUUUCAACGAUAAUGUGGCCACAGGGGGUUUGGAAAGUGCAACCCCAGGAACACGUCCAGCGAAGCCCAACGCCAAGACAGAAGGCUAUCCCUUCUUGCACAAUACACACGGUCACCAGGGUCCUCCCCACUCGCAAGCGGAUGGCCUUUCAGCUUGGAGAAAUCCGUUCGCGCCCUUGAAGUCGUCUGCCGGAAAUCAAAAACGAGUUCAGCCCGACGGACUGCCCUGGGACGCUCAGCUCAGGUCCUUUGCAAACAGCUCUAAGCCAUCUACCGCGGAAGAGGACAGUGAGAAUAUCGAACCAAUUCUAGAUGGCGAUGGGCGGGUUGAUGAUCAAGUCUCACAGGCCCACAAUGGGAGGAUCACCCAGCGCUAUUUUUCCGUCACAGGAAACCAGCCUCCUCAGUUCUUCAACUCCUUACCACCUCACAUGGACUUUGGUGGUCUUGCGGAGCCGAAAUACCCCGGAUCUACACUCAACUUGUUGAAUCCAUAUCUUCGCCAGCACCACCUUCCACCACAGUAUCCUCCCGUGCUCUUUCACCACCCAGCUUCUCCAUUAUUUGCGAGCCGUCAGGAUGACAUCGGCAAGUCUGGGCGGCUAGCAUUAGCCGAGGAUGAGGAUAGCAAUGAGGCCAAAGGCCUUUUAUAA